GUCAUCGUGACACUACCGGCGAAUGAACCCAGCAAGACGUUUAAAAUUACAUUAACAGCGCAAUCUCCCACUGAACAACAAUUAUUGCAGCGAUGGACAUGAACUUCGGCACCCUAUUAGAUUUGGACCGCGGUCAACCCGACUUGGAACCAACGUCAGGUAACUCGUCAGUCCCGACCACGGCACCCGUCGUCACCGUGUCCAGCAGUACGCUUUCAGACUUGCCACCGGCCACGCCGUAUCCGCAGAACAUGAACGCUCAUCUCCACGGCUAUGACAACGUGGUGUCCAGUUACAGCAGCUAUUGCAAUAGCACGUUCGAUCCGUACUAUGCGCAGGCUUUCGCUCCGCUGCCGCCUUACACAGACAUAAGAAAUGCUGUCCCUCUACCUCAGCCGCAGGGACCGCAAGCGGGUGCAAGAAAGAGGGAAAAACAAAAGCGCCAGAGAACGGCGUAUUCAAGCGAACAGUUAAUGCAUUUGGAGGAGUCGUUCACGGCCAAUCAAUAUUUAAACAGGGCCCGGAGGAUAGAUUUGGCACGGACACUGAGACUCACGGAAAGGCAAAUAAAAAUAUGGUUUCAAAACAGGCGCAUGAAAGAGAAGAAAUCUAAAAGAGAUUCCGGUCAAGUUGAAUCGACGAGUGGCGGCAGUACGGUGUGCGCACCGGCCGGGCCCGGCUCAGGCGGCUCUCUCACGCCCAAAAUGCUCCGAUACAGUCCGACCAGUUCGUACUCCACGUCAUCUCCGCCAAUCCAACUCAUCGAACAACAACCGCAGGGUCCAUCCACCACACUGCAUCACUAUUCAUACGCACCCGACAUGUACGCGUGCCAGAUACCGCCGCCGCCGCCGUCUUACGAACAGGCCGUCAUGCACGAUCAGAUGCCGUGGUACAACACAGAAGCGGGCCUAUGAUGUCUAUCCGUUUGCUCUCAUUUCCGUCCCACUGACAGCUGCCCGGCAUCCGGCGAGCGCUUCUCCUUAGCCAGCCUAUGCGACGAGCUUCCGACGAGAACAGUCAAACACCAUUGACGAAACCAGUCACGCCCGAAGCUCGCCCCAUCGGACAGUUUUCGUAUGUUUCAUGGAGAAUAGCUCGCCGAGUACGAGCGUCAUGCAAUCAUUUUUGGAAAAUAUGUGCUUAUAAUUAAAUUUUAUUUUGUACUAUUUUAACUUUAGUACAUGUUUUCCACUCGGAGAUUAUUGGCGGAU